AUGAAUUAUCUCUACGUUGUUUUACUACAUGGGAUACUCUCCUCAGCAAAUGCCUCGAACCUAGCCGGUCCUUAUCAAACCGUAUUGUUCUAUUACGCAUACCACGCUGAGCUCACCCGCUUCGGGCCCGAUGGUGUCCACACAGGCCAUGGCUGCCUUGGAACUCGUCCAGGUGGAGGAUGCUAUUUCGAUGAGUUCAUAAAGUACAUCCUCCGCGAUCCCUCCACAUAUGACAAGGCAACGGGCAUUGGUACCAACAUUACUCCGGAUGUUGAAGAUGCAGUGGAGAAGCUACGACAAACGGACUACAACACCGUCCUCGAUCCGAAGACGUUGUUGCAGAUAGACCUGCCAAAGGGUGAGACACCCAAGCUGAGCAAGGUCAUGAGCACACUGGAGAAGAACAUCAACCGAGCCCGAGACAAAGAUGCCAGCGGGGCGGAAUGGGAGAGGAUGCGACAGUGUCUAUAG